AUGUCGUCUCCUCCUCCUCCUUCUUUCAACGCCAAGCCAAAGCAUAGCAAAGCUAAGAGGCCACCACCGUUGGAGUUGUUACCGAGCGCCGUUCCCCCUCGCCGCACACAAAGACGAGACAUACCGUCGCGAUACCUGGAGUCAUCAUCACCGUUCUCGACGGACAAGAGAUGUCAAUCGCCGAACGUCACGAGGACGAAUCGACCGGCGAUUACUCCUGCAAAUCGGCCGCAAUCUACGGGGCGGAGGCUGACACCAUCACGUCGUGGAGGAAGUGGAGAGGCGAGUGCAGCGGAGAGAAUGUUGUUGAGUUCCGGGAGAAGCUUGUUCUCGUCGUUUCAAGGAGAUUCGUACACGUGGAACGAUAACAGAUCAAAGCUAUAUCCAUCGCCGCCACGUACUCCACGUGGAAAAACAGUUGAGAAUAGUAAAACGACUUCAACAACUAAGCAAGAGAAGUCGAAGUUAUCUGAUCAAUGGCCUAAGUCUCUGCAACCGAAUCGUCUCAGUACAAGUCCACGUGGAUCUUGCAAUAGAGUAGCUAUACCUCUGCAAAACUCAUCAAAUUCGAUUAGGAAGAAGAACUCUGUGGAUAGUCUUGCAUUGCGAGUAUCCACCACAAGAAGUCCAAAGCGUGAGCAGAUCACUCGACCUGCUUCUUCACCUAGGAUGACUCUAACUGCUUCCAGUCCUAGAGGAGCCAGUAUUGCUAGGGGACUAAGUCCUUCGAGAGGAGUUGUUAAUCCUAGAGGGAUGGUGAUGAGGUUGCAGAGUAAUAAUAACACGUCUUUGGAUGGGAGAAGAGAGAAGAGUGUUGGAGAUGAUGUUCACUUGUUAAAGCUCUUGCAUAAUAGGUUGAUGCAGUGGCGGUUUGUUAAUGCACGAGCAAAUGCUGCUAUCUCUGCACAAAAGAUGAUAACAGAGAAAAGAUUGUACAAUGCAUCGAUAAGCAUCUCCAAGCUGUAUGAUUCCGUGAGAGUUAAAAGAAUUGAAGUGCAAAGCCUGGAGCUGAAUUUAAAGCUGAUAUCUAUUCUCAAUAAGCAGAUGGGGAAUCUAGAAGAGUGGAUUGUUGUGGAGAGGGAUUAUAUGGGUUCUUUAGUAGGAGCUGUAGAAGCGUUGAAAGGCAGCACGCGUUGUCUACCUGUUGAUUGCGCAGCAAAGGUAAAUGUACCAAGUGUUAAAGAUGCCAUUUGUUCAGCAGUUGAUGUUAUGCAGGCAAUGGCAUCUUCCAUAUGCUUGUUGCUGCCAAAGGUUGGGCAAAUAAGUGGUUUGGCGGCAGAACUUGGUCGUGUGAAUAUCAAGGAGCAAGAGAUGCUCGACGUUUGUAGGGAACUUCUAAACACAAUCUCAGCUCUACAGGUAACGGAAUGCAGUUUGAAGACAGAAGCUAUACAACUACAGUACUAAGCUGUCAUAGGUACUGAACAAAACCAAGUGUAC